AUGGGUUGGUUCAGCGACGAUUCGGACCAGAGCCGCUCCUACGAGCAGUACAACCAGGGCGGUGUCACUCAGGAGCACGAUGCCUCCUUCUCCCACGAGCUGAUCGCCGGUGCUGCUUCCUACGAGGCCGCCAAGGCCUACGAGGAGCACUGCGAAAGGAACGGCCAGCCUGAGAGCCACGACAAGGCCAAGGAGAUCAUGGCUGGCUUUGCCGGUGCUUUCAUCGACCGCGAGGUCGAGACCAAGGGCCUGGACUUCAUCGACCGCGAAAAAGCCAAGCGUGCCUCCCGUCAGCACAUCGAUGACAUCUCUGCCGAUCAGGUUGGCUACUAA